GUGGAUCUUGACAAGAAGACAGUUGACUGGAAGAAAGAUUUUUGGCCUGAAGAGAAUCCCUUCGAAGUUAUUGUAGAUGGCAAAGACGGUGAAAUAAGCCUUGCAAACUACAGAUAUAAAUCAGCAAAAGGUGAUCCAAAGGCUGUCAUGAUCCUCUUGCAUGGAUAUAGAUGCUGGACAGGCAAAUACAGAUACUAUGCAAAGUACUUUGCUGAUGAAGGAUAUGAUGUAGUUGGAUAUGACUAUAGAGGAUUCGGCAAAACUAAAGGCCAACGUGGACACAUUUCAUCAUAGGAGCAACAUAUGUCUGACGCCUGGGCUUACUUUGAUGCUGUGAAGGAGGAGUAUAAGGAAACCCCUAUCAUUGGAUGAGGAUACUCUCUCGGAGGAGGUACUACCUACUGUAUGACUGUUGAGAGACCAGAUGCUUUUAAAGCUUUGAUACAGUUAGCUCCUUUUGCUGGCUAUCAUUUUGUCAAGCAUCCAUGCCAAGCUGCUGCCAAUACUAUUUCUAAAUUCUACCCAACCCUAUCAGUAUGUCCUACUCCAGUGGAUCCAGCUCCUCACAUGGUGCAUUACUAUGAUGACCCUCUACAAAUAAUUAUAGACUCUACAGCAGCUUCUCUAGUUGCUCUUGACGACUGCCAAAAGACAGUCCAAGCUAACAUCGACAAGCUUACAGUUGACAUGCAUGUCACAAUAGGAGAUGAAGAAAAUGUUGUAAGCAGGGUAGUAUGUCAUAAGAUUAUCAAAGAAGCUCCUGCUGCAGUAAAAGAAUACUCCGAAUGGCCAGGAUUAAACCAUUAUCUGUUCAAUAACGGACUCUAUCUGGAAGAUAUUAUUAAAAACCAGCUCGACUUCUUAGAAAGAAUCUUGAAAGAGUAAUUUUGGGGUGGAGAACCAAAGAAUAUUAAUAUCUGGUAUCCGAC